AGGGCCCAGUACCAUUCUUUCAAAUGCCAUCUCACUGUGGCUUUUCUGUGAGGAGAGGCCGCAGAGAUGUUUCGCUUGUCGCCAAGUAUGAUGGCUGUAAUGUUGUACAGCAGGAAAAUACCUACAUCUUGCCAAUGUGUGUUUCGGGAACUGUGGUGAUGAUGGUCUGUCCUGUGGAUCGUCCUCCCACUAUUGUCUCCUGUAGCCCUUCAGCUAUGGUGGUCAACCUUGGUAUAUCUCCAGAUGCUGCUAGGCUGAAGGUGAAUGGUGCAUGGGAACCUGUGUACCAAACUUCAUGUGGAUUUGCCUUGAAAGUUGAGAGAGACGGACUGGCCUUCACUGCACCAUAUACAAGCAAUUGCUGGCAAUUUAAGGGUGCUGAGAUGCUUUUGUCUGUGCAACACAAGGAUGGAGAGUUAACCCUGUCUUGUCCAGCUGUUCAGCUUCCAUCUACAGUUCCUUUACCGGCUGACACUCGUGUUCAACAAGUUCAUAUGGGUUAUCCUUUUUAUAGUUAUGGUAUGCCAUGGGACUUCCAACAUAACAGUCCUGGAUUCCAAUAUGGUAGCCCUGGAACUCGCCAAACUACCACUUCACCUACCACAACUCAAACUACAAGAAACACUUGGACCACAACCCAAACUACACCACCAACUACCAAAACUACAGGCACCACAGCUGCCCCAGCCAGAAUGGACCAACAAUUUUUGUAUCCUGGGUUAUCUGGAAUAUAUUAUGGUUAUGGUAUGCCAUGGUGGUUCCAAUAUAACCAGCCUGAAACUGGCAAAAUUACAGCAACAACUCCGACCACAACUCAAAUUACCACCACAACUCCAGCGAUCACAGUUGCAUCAGCCGGUGCUGAUCAACUGGUUUUGUAUCCUUGGUUACCUGAAAUGUAUCCUUAUGGCUAUCGUAGGCCAUGGCAGUUCCAAUAUAGCCAGCCUGGAAUGCUCCCAGUUGCCCACACAACCAGAGCUCCAACUACCACUAAAACCACUCCAGGUACUGCAGAUGCAUCAGCCAGUGCAGAUCAACCAGUUUUGCCCCCUUGGUUCCUCGGCAGUUAUAAACCAUUCGUCCCUAUGACUUCACCUGAUGUUCCCAUAUCUGGCCCUAACAGUGGGAUUAAACAGCAGAUGUACCAGAUGCCCUGGAUGAGCUAUCAAUCUUUAAACACACAACCAGGCUCUGUAGUUGGUAACCCAUCCAAUGUGUUGUCACAUUCUGCCUAUUUUUCUCCACUACUGGUCAAAGCAGGUUAUGGAAAAUAAGUAAUUUAUUGGCUGUGGUUAAGAAACAAAAUG